AUGGCGAGACGAAAGCGCCAGCUACUCGAUGACGACUCUGAUUCUUCCCCCGUAUCUGACGCUGACGACUUUCACGACCCCAACUUCGACCACAACGACCCGGACGCGAGGGAAGAGCGAGCGUUAUUCGAGAAUCCAUACAAACACAAGAGACGACGCAAGAACGACAAAGAAGACGCACUUUACGGGGUAUUUGGUAGCGAAGAUGAGGGCAUAGACUCUGGAAGACGCAUAGAAGGAGAUAACAGACGACGAAAAGAUUGGACGAAAGCUCCAGCUUUCGUGUCGGGGGAAAAGGUGGACAUGGAGAAGACAACAGAUUUGGAUGCUGAGAUGGAAGGUGUAGAUAGUCUUGAAGAGGAUGAGGGAAAAUCUAUGGAUGGAGCUGGUGAGGAGAGCGACGAUAUUGCGGAAGAAGAUGAUGGCGAGGCGAAUCAAUCGGGGCGCUCACGACCGCCUUCCCCUCGGAUACGCGAAGAGGAGGAGGAAGAGGCAGAAGAAAAGCCUAGGUUUGGAGGUUUAGGUGCGUCGAAAUCAGCAUCAUUCGGGACGUUCUCUGGUCUCAGUAGAGGCGGAAUCGGAAUGUCCUCCAAGCCCUCUGAACCCUCGUCUCCUAGUGUCUCUCCCGCUCCCUCCUCAUCAAUUUCCGGGAAUUUUCCUUCAACAUUUGGCGCUUCUCGCACACAAAACUCGUUUCUCCGUAAUGGUGGAAGUGGCUCCUCCACCCCAACACCUGUACUAAGUGCGCAAGAGAGACUCCACUUCAGCAAAAUUGGGGGCUCGUUUGGUGCACGCAUGCUAGCAAAGAUGGGCUGGCAAGCUGGGACUGGUCUCGGUACUGCUGGCGAGGGUAUUGUCACGCCAGUCGAGAGCAGAUUACGUCCCAAGGGCAUGGGUCUCGCGUUCAAGGGGUUCAAAGAGAAGACGGAGCAAUCCAAAGCGGAGGCACGCCGGAGGGGAGAGGCCAUCAGUGAUGAGGAGGAGGAUGAAAGAGCUGCGCGCAAAGGCCGUAGAGCGACGAAAGCACAGGAGGAGAGAGCAGAGGCGUGGAAGAAGCCGAAGAAAGUCAAGACGAAAGUCGAGCACAAGACAUAUGAGCAGAUCAUCGCUGAAGCGGGACAAGAGCCACCGCAAGCUGGACUCGGUCAGAUCAUAGACGCUACAGGUGCUACACCACGCGAAGUUGCCUCGCUUGCGGACGUCUCAUUGGCCUCUUGGACACCCACUGCGGACCCAAUGAGAUUACCUGAGGUUCGACACAAUCUCCGCCUCAUUACGGAAGCGUGUAAAAAUGAUCUAGAUGGUCUUGCUCGUGAAGCCAGGAGCAUUGAGGAGCGGAAGAAGUGGAUUCUUAUGGAAGAUGCCCGGCUACGGAAGAGAGUGGAGGAAGAAGCUGCACUCAUUGAACGUCUUCAGCAAGUCCAUUUGGUUGUUAAUGACAUCAAUUCACAAGCGAGAGAGUUGUCGACGAUGUAUGAAGCAUCGUUAGAACCCUUCUCCGCUCACUUCGAGAAACUGCUCGGACAGUUUUCCAAGGAGUUUGAACGAUACCGGCUUGAUGAAGUCAUCGUCGCUGCUAUUGCUCCAAUUAUUCGUCGGAUACUUGCACAGUGGCAGCCUUUGGAAGAACCUCUAACAUUUACUCAAAUAUUCCGCUCGUGGAAAGGAGCUCUCAGAAUGACUGUCCAAGAUGACAGGCCUCAGGACCGCGUACAGGUUUAUGGCUCAAGCACGAUUAUAUCCACCGCGCCCAUAGAGGAAAAGCCUAUGACACCCUACGAGAGCCUGCUAUGGAACGCGUGGCUCCCAAAGGUGCGAUCGUCUAUCAACAAUGAAUGGUCGCCGGAUGACCCACAACCAGUGGUUCGGCUAUAUGAAGCGUGGUCUAGUUACCUUCCACCCUUCAUCAGGGAUAACUUUUUCGAUCAGCUCGUUUUGCCGAAGGUGGCGAAAGCGGUGGCUGACUGGAAUCCACGAACUAGCGAGGUUACACUGCAAACCCUAGUGUUCCCUUGGUUGCCUCACAUCGGUUUGCGGCUAGACGACUUGUUGAGCGAUGCAAGAAGGAAAGUGAAGAGUCUUUUGAGAGGCUGGACUGUGGGCGAGGGGAUGCCCAAAGAUCUCAAAGUGUGGAAAGACGUAUUCGACGCUGGAGAUUGGGACACAAUGUUGCUGAAGUAUGUGGUUCCUAAGUUGGGAUCCAGACUACGCGGAGACUUCCGUGUCAACCCACGCAGUCAAGACAUGAAGCCGCUACAAGACGUCCUGCUAUGGGAAGACCUAUUGCGCCCCACAAUUCUUUCCCAGCUCCUCGAGACAGAGUUCUUCCCGAAAUGGUUGGACGUCUUGCAUAUUUGGCUUAUCCAGCCCGCUCCAAACUUUGAGGAAGUCGUGCAGUGGUACUCAUUCUGGAAGGCUGCAUUCUCAGAGAAUGUGCAAAAUUUGCCAGGUGUGGCGCAAGGUUUUACGCGGGGCCUGCAAUUGAUGAACAAGGCCAUCGAACUGGGACCCGACGCACAAACGCGCCUCCCGCGACCCGAUCACCGCGCUCCACCGUCUGGCACAACAACACCGAAGGCCAAGCAGCCGCCUGCGAAGGCGCGGCCUGCCCGAGCCCAAGAAAUCACGUUCAAGUCGAUUGUGGAAGAAUACGCAUCUGUGCACAACUUACUCUUUGUUCCUACUGGACGUGCACACGAGAAAUCGAGGAUGCCACUCUUUCGUGUUUCCCCGACUGCGGAUGGUAAAGGCGGACUACUCGUAUACAUCCUCGAUGACGCCGUCUGGGCACCGGAUGGAGACGAGUACCGAGCCAUAUCGUUGGAGGUCAUGGUUCGCAGAGCUACGGAGGAAAAUUAG